AUGAAACCGGCCCCACAGUCUUCCCCGGCUAUCAGAAGCCUGGUCUUCCCCAGUGAAACCAGCACCAGCUAUGUGGAGAUGAUCCCUCAGAAACCGCUCAGCCUGAAGGCGUUCACGCUGUGCAUGCGUGUGGCCACGGAGCUCAGCGGUGAGAGGGAAAUCAUCCUGUUUGCAUAUCGAACCCGAGACUUUGAUGAGCUGAAUGUGUGGAGAGAGCUGGAUGGAAGGCUGUCCUUCUACUUGAGUGGAGAUGGAGUUUUCUUCCAAGUCCCUGGUCUUGGUGCCCUGCAGACUCGCCUGUGCGUCACCUGGGAUUCCAGCUCAGGUGCUGCGGCCCUCUUCAUAGACGGCAGAAAAAGUCUGACCAAAAUCUACAGGAAGGGUCACACCAUCCGUGCGGGAGGCAGAGUUAUCCUGGGCCAGGAUCCGGAUAAUUAUCUGGGUGGCUUUGACGUAAAUCAGAGUUUUGUUGGAGAGAUUUCUGAUGUGAACUUGUGGGACUAUGUCCUGUCAGAGAUUGCAGUCCAAGACAUGAUGACUGCGAAAAGGGGAAAUGUGUUGGAUUGGGAAACCGUAGAGCUUAGACCAAAUGGAGAGGUGAUGGAGAUUAAUGUUAAUCUGUAGCUCAACUGUUUAUGUGGGCAACAACUUUAUCCUUUGCACAAAUAAAA